AUGUCUCGUUAUCCAAGAGAUGUAAAAGAUAAGAUGUGGAAGGAGAUUUUAGUAGAUGAAUACUGUUUUAACACAGAUAACUAUGAACAAAAAAUAAACGAUCUAAUCCAAAUAGAAAAAUGGAGUUAUGAUCUAAGGGAUUCUAAUCCUAUCAAUGAUAGAUUUUUGGCGUCAAAAAUUAAGUGGACUAUUAAUAUACAUCUCGAAAAUAAAAUUUCUAACUAUAUAACUUAA